CACACACACACACACACUGUGGCAUUUCCCCGGUGCCACGCCCCCUGUUCGGGAGAGUCGAGGCCGGGAUAUACCGCCGGUGGCCAACAGCCGGCGACAUACCCCGUCCUCCGGAGAGCCGCAAUCGGGGAAACGAGGAACACCUGGGCGGGAGGCACCCAGGAGUUAAAAGGAGGCCACCAGCCGACAGAACGAGGAGAGUCGAGUGGAAGAGAGGACGACGCAGAGGACCGAGACCCCGCACCGUGAGCCGCACGGCGGACACGUGGACCACGACCCGAGCAACCCCCCGCCUUGGAUGUACAGCGUGCGCUUGAGAAGCUGUUUGUUACCGAGUGCAAUAAACCGCCGUUUGAGGCUUUGGGCCCUCACACCCUGCCUGGUCCUUGCUUUGAGCCUUCCUGCCUAACCGAGUUACCACAUAUGGUGGAGAAUGCGGGCAACUCGGUCCACGCACGGCUCCCGGUAAGGACCCCACCCCGCGUUUUGGGCAGUGGCUUUUCGUUUUUGGAUUUUUUCUUUUUUUUUCCCCCGGUGCGGUUCCUCCGUUCGCGGAGGUGAAUACCCGCGGACGUAGAUGCAGAACCCCGGGACAGCCGCAGGGCCAGCCGGCCCGAGAGAGUCGGACCCCAGCCUGGCCCUGCUGACGGAGGCGGUGCUCCGCCUGACCCAGCAGGCCACCCGCGACCCGCCGAUCACCGCCCCGACGAGCCGGCUCACAAAGCUAGGACCCGACGACGAUGUCGAGGCCUACCUAGAAACAUUUGAGCAGGUGGCAACCCGGGAGGGGUGGCCAGAGGCCCAGUGGGCCUGUAUAGUGGCCCCGUUUCUAACCGGACCCGCCCAGCAGGCGAGUCAGGACCUCAACCCCGGGGACGCGGGCCUAUAUCCCGCACUCAAGGCGGCCGUCUUGGCCUACUAUGGACAUAGCCUUGCUGCGAAGGCCCUAAAUUUCCACGAGUGGACGUUCGACGUCCGAGGACUCGUACGGACCCAGGUGGCCCACCAAUGUCGGCUAGCCCGGAGGUGGCUGGUGGACGGAGCGGGACCCAGCCCCGUGGAUCGGGUCGUGGUGGACAACGUCGUGCGACAGCUGCCCCCCGACGCCCGGAGGGUGCUGGCCCAGCACCACCCUGAGACCGUGGACGACCUCGUGCGCCAGCUGGAGAACUGGCAGGUGGCCCAGCGGCUGGCGGCGGGCCCGAGGCCCAACCCCCGGGCCACCCGGAGAGAGACUCCAACACCGCCGUCGAGGACCCGGCCGUCCACCCCGCCCCGAGAACGAGGGGAACCCGAGGUCCGGCGCUGCUACCACUGCGGACAACGGGGACACCUGGUCCGGGACUGUCCCGACCGACAGGACGUCCCCAUGCCCUCCGCCUGCACUGCCCCGAGAGACCGCCCCACCUGUAUGCUGGCGACCUGCUGGACACAGGGCGACAAGGACUCCCCCACCGUCCCCAUCAAGGUGAUGCACCAGGACACCCAUGCCCUGCUGGACACGGGGAGUGCCGUGACCCUGGUGAGGGCCGACCUAGCCGGGGGCAGACCGGGAACCCCGAUGCAGGUCUCCUGCGUACACGGCGACACCCGGACGUACGAAACCUGCCACGUGGUGGUACGCACCCCACAGGGGGUCUUCGUCGCCCGGGCCGGGAUAGUACCGACCCUUCCGGUGCCGUUCCUGAUCGGCCGGGACUGCCCCAUCUUCACCCGCUUCUGGAGCUCCAUGAGGGGGAACCGAGGGGGACGAGAGCUGCACCGUCCCGCCGGCCGAAGCGGACGCCCGGCCCAGCGAGGGGCCAGGCGCCCGCCGACGCGAGAGUCCGGGUCGGAGUCCGGACCCGCCCCGACGACCGCCGCCGACCACGGACCAGCCCUGGGAGCGACCCGCCGACCGACCGCCACGCGGACCGAGACGGACGACACGCCGGGUUCCGGAGGAGAGGGUCCGUCGGCACCGGGAAGCCCGCCCCGAUCUACCGGGGACCAGGUACGCCCGGUAACGGGAGACGGAGCCGGGCCCAGCUCCGACACCGUUACCGCCUCCGAGAGGGGGAACACCCCCGAGGAGCCCGAGAGCUCCCCCCUAACGGAGCUAUCGGACUUCGCCCAGGCCGGGGGGGAGAACUCGGCCCGUCCGGGACAGUUCGCUACGGCCCAGCAUCGGGACGAUGCCCUGCGGCACGCGUGGGGACAUGUGGUCGCCCACGACGGUCAGGUGAGGGACUCAGUGAGCCACCUGACCCACCCCCACUUCUGCACUCAGCGGGGGUUGCUGUACAGGGUCGACGUGCGCGGGGGGGAGGUAAUACAACAACUGGUGGUACCGCGACCCUACGUGUCGAAGGUUUUGUUCAUGGCCCACACACACUUGCUCGGCGCACAUCUGGGCAUGGACAAAACGCGAGAGCGGGUGGUGGCGCGGUUCUAUUGGCCCGGGGUUCGUAGAGACGUAGCGCGUUACUGCCAGGAGUGUCCCGACUGCCAGCGCGUAGCCCCGCGGGCAGUGGAGCGGAGCCCGCUCAUACCAAUGCCCAUUAUCGAGACCCCCUUCGAAAGAAUAGCGCUGGACAUUGUAGGACCCCUCCCCAGGACGAGCCGGGGUCAUCGAUAUCUCCUCGUCAUAUUAGAUUACGCGACCCGAUACCCCGAGGCCCUCCCACUGCGUGCGGCGACUAGCAAGGCGGUAGCCCGAGAAUUAGUGCUACUCUUUAGCCGGGUGGGGCUCCCAAAGGAGAUCCUCACCGAUCAAGGCUCGUGUUUCAUGUCCCGCGUAGUCAAGGAGCUACUAAAACUGCUACAGGUCUCCCAGCUCCGGACCUCGGUAUACCACCCGCAGACGGACGGGCUAGUCGAGCGGUUCAACCAGACCAUCAAACGGAUGCUCAAGAAGAGCAUCGAGGCGGACGGGAAGAACUGGGACCAGUUACUCCCCCACGUCCUCUUCGCCAUUCGUGAGGUGCCCCAGGCUUCCACGGGGUUCUCGCCCUUCGAACUCCUUUAUGGGAGGAGGCCCCGUGGAAUACUGGACCUCGCGAAGGAGGCGUGGGAGAGUCAUCCCUCUCCACACCGGACCACCAUCGAACAUGUGGAGCUCGUCAGGGACCGAAUGGCCAAGGUCUGGCCCAUAGUCCGAGACCACCUCACCCGUGCACAACAGGCCCAGGCGCGCGUGUAUAACAGGGGGGCGCGCGUGCGGAACUUCCGACCGGGCGACCGGGUCUUAGUGCUGGUUCCAACCAGCGAGUGCAAGUUUCUCGCGAAAUGGCAGGGGCCGUACGAGGUGGUAGAGGCCGUGGGGCCCGUCAACUACAAGGUGCGGCAACCCGGGAGACGCAAGCCCACCCAGGUGUAUCAUGUGAACCUAUUAAAACAGUGGCGGGGUGGGGACGACCCCCCCCUACGGGCCCCCAUGGCCUUGAUGGUUCGGCCCGCGAUCCCUGAGGUCCCGAUGGGGACCGACCUCAGCCCCGCACAGAGACAAGAACUCGGGGAGCUGGUGCUGCAGAGCCGGGACGUGUUUUCGGACGUGCCCGGGCGGACCUCGGUGAUCUCUCAUGAGAUCCGGACCGCUCCGGGGGUGACGGUUCGGAUCCCGCCCUACCGGGUACCCGAGUCCCGGCGCAACGCCAUCCGAGCCGAGGUGGAGCGGAUGCUGAAACUGGGGGUAAUUGAGGAGUCCCGUAGCGCCUGGGCUAGCCCUAUUGUGCUGGUGCCCAAGCCGGACGGGACCCACCGGUUCUGUAAUGACUUCCGCCGGUUAAAUGAAGUGUCUGACUUUGACUCCUACCCCAUGCCUAGAGUAGACGAGCUGAUCGAGCGGCUGGGGCCGGCCCGGUACCUGUCCACGCUGGACCUAACCAAGGGGUACUGGCAGGUCCCCCUGGCACCGUCGUCCCGGGAGAAGACGGCCUUCGCGACGCCGGGGGGCCUGUUUCAGUACACUGUCCUGCCCUUUGGUAUCCACGGGGCCCCCGCUACGUUCCAGCGGAUGAUGGACCAGGUCCUAAGGCCGCACAGCAGUUACGCCGCGGCAUACAUCGAUGAUAUAAUCAUCCACAGCGCCAGCUGGGACGAACACGUCAAGCACGUGCGGGCCGUGCUUAACGGCCUACGGGCGGCCGGGCUGACCGCCAACCCUGCAAAGUGCCGGUUGGGGCGGGAGGAGACGGCCUAUUUGGGGUACCGGGUGGGGAGGGGGAACGUGCGACCCCAGGAGGACAAGGUGGCGGCUAUCCGGGAGUGGCCCCAACCCCAGACCAAGAAGCAGGUGAGAUCGUUCCUGGGGCUGGUGGGGUAUUACCAGCGUUUUAUCCCGGGGUAUGCCACCCUAGCCUGCCCCCUGAACGACCUCACCCGGAAGGCCCUCCCGGAUAGGGUCCAGUGGACGGAGGCCGCGACGAGGGCCUUCGAGGACCUACGGGGGGCCUUAUGUAGUGAGCCGCUACUAGUCACCCCUGAUUUUAACCUCCCCUUUACCCUUCAAACAGACGCGUCCGAGGUGGGACUAGGUGGGGUCCUGUCCCAGGCCCGGAACGGAGAGGAGCACCCGGUGACCUAUCUCAGCCGGAAGCUCCUCCCCCACGAGCGGAACUACAGCACGGUGGAGAAGGAAGCGCUGGCCAUUAAGUGGUCCGUCAACAAACUAACCUACUAUCUCCUAGGACACCAGUUCGUCCUGGUGACGGACCACGCCCCACUGAAGUGGAUGGCCACCGCCAAGGACACGAACGCACGGAUAACGAGGUGGUUCCUGUCCCUCCAGCCCUUCUCCUUCACCGUGGAGCAUAGGCCGGGGCGGGAACACACCAACGCCGACGCUCUUUCCCGCCGAGAUGCGUGCGGGGGCUGGGCCCCGCGCACGGAGGGGCAUAGGCAAAGGGGGGGAGUGUGUGGCAUUUCCCCGGUGCCACGCCCCCUGUUCGGGAGAGUCGAGGCCGGGAUAUACCGCCGGUGGCCAACAGCCGGCGACAUACCCCGUCCUCCGGAGAGCCGCAAUCGGGGAAACGAGGAACACCUGGGCGGGAGGCACCCAGGAGUUAAAAGGAGGCCACCAGCCGACAGAACGAGGAGAGUCGAGUGGAAGAGAGGACGACGCAGAGGACCGAGACCCCGCACCGUGAGCCGCACGGCGGACACGUGGACCACGACCCGAGCAACCCCCCGCCUUGGAUGUACAGCGUGCGCUUGAGAAGCUGUUUGUUACCGAGUGCAAUAAACCGCCGUUUGAGGCUUUGGACCCUCACA